CUUAGCUCCUGCCCUGUUUAAUAUCUAUCUUCAUGCAAUGUUGUCUUGUGCUUUUGAUACGGCUUGUGCUUACGGUGUUCGUGUGGAGCACCGUAUUGAUGGUGGGUUGCUGAACAUCCGUCGUUUCGGUGCGAGAACUCUAGUCUGUGAGACAACUAUCCGUAUGUUGCUGUUUGCUGACGACUGUGCGUUGUUUUCACACAGCGCGGAUGAGUUGCAGCACAUGACUAGUGCUCUGGCUUCGACAGCGGUCAAAUUCGGGCUCACCAUCAACACAAGCAAAACUGUGUGUCUCUUUCAGCCUUCACCGGAGGUGCAAUCUUCAAUAUUGCCGCGAAUCAGCAUUGGUGCUGAAGUAUUGGAAACCACCUCCCGCUUCAGCUACCUUGGGAGUGUGAUAUCGACUGAUCAACAGCUACACGUUGAGUUGCGUAAUCGGGUGUCGAAGGCAGCAGCGUCAUUCGGGAAGCUUGAGUACCGAGUGUGGAACAACCAUCAGCUUAGCAUUGGCACGAAGCUGAUGGUGUACAAAUCCAUGGUACUGUCCGUUCUUCUAUACGGCAGUGAAACGUGGACGAUGUACCGUCGGGAUGUGCGAUAUCUCGAGCGGUUCCAUCAGCAGUGUCUGCGACGAAUUUUGCGGAUCGGUUGGGGCGCCAGAGUCGCAGACACGGAAGUUUUGCGCCGAAGUGGGAUGUAUGCAGUGGACUGCAUACUUUUACUGCGACACCUGAGAUGGCUCGGUCAUGUGAGCCGUAUGGAUUCGACGCGGAUACCGAAACAACUUUUAUACGGUCAGCUGAGUAUAGGGAAGCGGCACGUGGGGAAACCAAAGUUACGUUACCAGGACAUGAUUAAAGUGAGCCUCACACGUUCUAAUCUUGAUUGCAGAUCAUGGGAAUCGAAGGCGGUUGAUCGUGGUGCAUGGCGCGAUCUAAUCACGAAGGCAGUUGCUGAAGUGCGGGAGAAAGCCCUCAUGCAGGCAGAGAAGAAGCGGCAGUUGCGGAAGCGGCAAACACCAAUGAAUUGUACUCCAUCGACAUCGAGCGCAUGGUGCUGUAGAACAUGCGGUCGCGAGUGCCUUAGUCAGGCAGGCCUAGUGAGCCAUGAGAGAGGUCACUCGGGACCACUGUCGAAGCGCCGACGGGUCCUGCAGAGAACGUAGGCAGCACCGGCGCAGCGUUUGUAGGCACGCUGAAUUCGAUUUACUAACCGCAUGCUUGCAUGCUAAGUCUCUUUAUUUCAGGUGGUGGGUUUUCGGUUCUCUCCUAAUGCCUUUCUUUCUCAUAUAAAUGUCUAGUGGGCCAUGAGCUGUGCCAUUUGGGGCCACUACAGAAGCGACGACGGGUGCUGCAGAGAAUUACGACGAGCCGGCGCAGCGUUUGUAGGCACGCUGAAUUCGAUUUACUAACCGCGUGCUUGCAUGCUAAGUCUCUUUAUUUCAGGUGGUGGGUUUACAGUUUGUGCCUUAAUGCUCUUCUUUCUUAUACAAAUGUCUACCAGUACUCUAUUCCAUUAACUUGCACACAUCGCUUCAGCCAAUUGUAUUCGAUUUCCGUAGCAUAUUUGUGUUCGUGGCAUUCCGUGAACUAUAUUUCCUGACCUCGUGCACUUAGCUAGGAUUUGUAUGUAAUCAACUUAUUACAUAUGCUACUUACUUAAGGUUUAUAUCACCGUUUCCUUAUGCAUUAAUAGAGUUUUUCUCUCCUUCUCUUUCUCUUUUUCUUUCUCUCUCUCUCUC